AUGACGCUCCGUUCGCUUCUUCUUGGGGGCGCCCUCGCGCUUACCAGCGCAAACGCCAUGCUGGUUGUCCCAGAUGUCGACGCUGAUGCCGCUGUCAUCCCUGACGAUGUCGCUCGUCUUCAUCCCAUUCAAGCCCAGGCGGCACAGCAGCAGCAAGUUGACCUUGCCUGCGCUGAGUGCCCAUUUGCCAUCAAGAGUGGUGACGAAACCGCACUGUCACUGAAAUUUACUAUCGAUGAUGGCUUUCUUUUGGCCAACGACCGCCAAAUCUUCCCCCCUGCCCCUCCAUCGCCGAUCGCGGCUGUUCAGCGUCACGUACAGGAUGACGAAGAAUCCGAACCCAUCCCCUUGGGCUACGCCGUCGAAAUGAUGCCGCUCCCGUCUCCCCCAGAAGAGCCAUUUGACAUGGUGGAAGUUCGUUUCACUGUUCUCGACCUUGAUGGCUACCCCGUUCCGUUGGACACUAUCGCCAUCACUCUUAUCCACGAUGCCGAAGGCACCUUAUACAUGGCUGGAACCGAAAUCGAGGAGACUGCCGACCAUGAAUCCUGGAGGAAGUGCAGUGGAAAGCCCAAAUGUCUGAGAAAGUUCCUGGUUCACCGCAUCCACUCAAUGUUCGCCGCGGCCAAGGAGCGCCUUACCGGAAUGUUCAAGGGACAGGGUUGUGCCGAUGCUGGUGGACCCCCUCAUCCUCCCUUCCCCCCGCACCACCAUGGUGACUUUGACCGCCUCUCGCCCGCUGAGGGACAUCGUGGUCACCACGGCCCUCACGGGCCUCACCCUCCUCCCCACUUCAACCACAACUUCCACAAGACCUGGGAACGUACCCUGCACCGCGUUAUGCGCUUCAUCGUGGUGCCCGCCAUUCUUGGAGUUCUGGCUGGUCUCGCCGCUAGCGUUUUGGGUAUGCUGGUCGGCCAGCUCGCCGUCUUCAUGUGGCAACGCUACCGCCGUACCGACCGUAAGGAAUCGGCUGAAGAGGGUUCUGUUACAGAAAAGCAAGGUCUGAUGGGCGGGUCGACCGAUGAUCUACCCCCAGCAUACACUGAUGAUGAAAUUGUGGCCGAGCAAACUGCGGACAAGGCAUAA